AUGUCCCUCUCUCAGGUCGCAGCUCUUGCUCUCCUCGCCGCCUCGCCGGCGCUCGGCGCAGCCGUCGCCCGCGCACCAGGGUACACUGUCAACGUUGGCACGGUCGGGGUGUGGAAGUUCGCCGACGACACGCCGGGCUGGUCGUUCCUCGACAAGGACGGCUCGUACCACCUGCAGCAGAGCCACUCGCUGUACAGCGACAACGAGUCGCGCGAGUGGAACUUUUUCACGGGGAACACGAUUGACGACGUGUAUUGGGACUACCCGCUGUCCAAGUUUGUCAACCCCGCCAACCCGCUCGACUCGAACGGUAACACUACCUGGCGCUGCAACAACUCGCCCACGGGCAAGAUCGCCACAUAUGCCCCGCGCACGCCGGACGCCAACGGCAAGGCGCCGUACCCCGACUACUCGCAGAAGAACUUUUGCGACCUCAUCGGUGUUUGGGUCGACCCGGACACUGGCGACUGGUACGGACUGAUUCGUGAGUUGGACGUGUUCUCGGGCCACCCGUACGGCGACGCGCUCCACUUUGACCGCAUCGACUACGCCAUCUCCAAGGACCAGGGCCAGACGUGGAACAUUGUCGAGGGCAUCCUCUCGACCCCCUACGGCAACUACCAGCGCGGCGACAAUGUCACCUUCCCAGGCGCCACCUACUCGUGGGGCGCGGGUGACCAGCGCCUCGUCGUCGAUGUCGCCAGUGGCUACUUCUACAUCAACUACUACAGCCGUAUUAUCGACAAGUAUAACCUCAACAUCUGGAAGGCGUUCUACGCGCAUGCUGCGCGCGCGCCCAUCUCGUCCAAGUUUGCCGCGGGCUCGUGGCAGAAGUGGUACAAUGGCGCUUGGAGCGAGCCCGGUCUCGGCGGCCGCGAGUCAGGCAUCAUCCCGGUCGUGAACGACGGUGACCUCGGCUACACGCCCCCUGCCAAGGACUACAACCCCAAGAACCUGCAGACGGCCGAUCAGCAGAUCGCCCUCGGCCUCACGCCGCCGACGACCCCCCUCUUCUGGAUGGACGCAAGCUACAACCCGUACCUCGGCCAGUGGGUCGGCCAGCCUAACGCCGUCGACACGAACCACAACGUCUCGCAGCAGUUCUACGGCAGCGCCGACCUCACCACGCAGAAGUGGAAGCUGCUCGGCGACUCUGGACCUUCCUACAAAACCAUGUCGCAGUACCGUUGGUUCAUCGACUCGGCUAGCAAGACGUCCGGCCACUACAUUGGCAAGAACUUCCGCGGCUACUGCAGCUUUGGCUGCUCGACCGGCAACUCCGAGUACGUCAACCUCAACAUUGAGCCGUCGACACCUACCCCGAGCGUCAUCGACACGAACAAGACGUACAAGAUCGUCACGGCGGCCGGGAUCCCGCUGACGGCUGGCGGAGCGAACGACAAGUGGACCUCCAAGGCCAACGGCGACGGCUCGUACUCGCUCACCAACGUCGGCACAGGCAAGGAGCUCGGCACGAGCGACCAGGUGGCCACCCGCGCCUGGGGCACGCCGGCGAGCCUCGGCGCCGCGGGCGGCCAGGUCGGCCACCAGUGGUGGAUCAUCCCGGGCCGCUCGGCCAAGGACAACAGUCUCACGGGUACCUUCCGCCUCGUCAACAGCUGGUCUGGGCUCGUGCUGGCCAUCACAUCGAGCGCCGUCGAGCUCGUGCCCCCCCGCUCUUGGACCGACGUGAGCGGCUCCAAGGUCGGCGGUGGGCGCAAGGCCGAGCAGCAGACCUUCGUGUUCACUGCCGUGUAG